GCGAGGGAUGUGAAGAGCACUUAUCUGCAGCAGGUACAGGUCCUGUCAGUCUCGCGCGCUGGAUCGUGUUUGACAGCUCCGCGUGGCUCUUCUAGCGCGCCGUCUCCGGUGUUUUCUCGCUCAAGUGCCACGAGCUCAGCCGAUGAAGCUGGAGGUUUUCCGCGGGGGUCACUUCGACUCCAAGCCCGCGGAGCUCUGCAGCGACGCCGAGGGCAGCGUCCCGUCGCCGAUGUCCGCGGAGGAAGAGCUGGGCUCGGAUGGAGACUGCGUGGCGCACAGCCCCGCACCUGCUCCUCCGGGCGCCGAGGGCAAAGGCAAGCCCUACACCAGGAGACCCAAGCCUCCGUACUCGUACAUCGCUCUGAUCGCCAUGGCCAUCCGCGACUCGAACUCGGGCCGCCUGACUUUGGCCGAAAUCAACGACUACCUCAUGAAAAAGUUCCCGUUCUUCAGAGGCAGCUACACCGGCUGGAGGAACUCGGUGCGCCACAACCUGUCUCUCAACGACUGCUUCCUCAAGGUGCUGCGGGAUCCCUCCAGACCGUGGGGCAAGGACAACUACUGGAUGCUGAACCCACACAGCGAGUACACCUUCGCGGACGGAGUGUUUCGUCGGAGGAGAAAGCGCAUCAGCAAAAAAGCGGGCAAGGAGCCAGAGGGGCCGGGCCAAGCUCCCGCGGUGGACGCUAUCGCCACGCCUCCCUCCAGCGCCAAGUUCACGAGCUCCUUCGCCAUCGACAGCAUCCUCAGCCGACCUUUCAGGAAGGAGGAACGCAAAGCCGACCCCUGGCACGGCGGAUACGUCAUGCGGGGCUCGCCCGCGCUCGGACCCUUUGGAGCCCCGGAGGACUUCCGUCACCAGCGGGACUUUCUCCCGUUUCAGCUGACGGCCGAAUGCCUGUCGGUGCCGCGCGCGUCCGCGGGCUUUCACCCGUUCAAGAUCGACUAUUUGCUGUCGUAACGCCGCGUGGCACUUUCUCUCUGGCACUUUCUGAGCACUUGUGACUCGACGAAGACGUAUACAUUUCACGCGUAAAGAUCGCCCGGGAAGGUUUUACGCGGAAUGACGAGGAGUGAAAGUUGAGAACUAUUUCAUGUCACUGUCCUGCUGAGCGGCUGCCUCGUUUCGAGCCGUCGACCCUGUAUUUAUUUGUCCCUUGUGUCUGUCCUGAGUGUGUUGAAGCAGGUGCCUCGAGAGGUUCUCAUAAGAGCGAGCUCGUUUUAAGGAGACCAGCUCGAUUUGAGUUCUCGUGAGGCUGCUGCAUCUAAACUGGAAUUGUUGUAAACUAUUUUGUUUCUGAGAGAAUGCAUGCGCAUUUUAUAUUGAAUAAAAAAAAAACAUGUUUUCAAAUGAAA